GCGCUUUCCACUGGCGAGAUUGGAUGUUCCCAUUUAUUCGGUGACCGAUUUGUUGGUUCGUGAUACGAGUUUUUAGAAUUGUGUUUAUAGUGAAGUGAUUUACCUGCUACGAUAUGGGUGUGAUUCAUUAGGAAAUGAAGGAUUUUGAACUCUGACAAUGUGUAAGAAGGUUAGUUGGGAGACAGAGACUUUGAUGGGGACAGCACCGCCUGCGUCGCGCUGGGAAAGAUAUAUACCACGAGCUGCUAUACCACACGUCGGUCUGUUUGUUGCCCUCAUGCUUUAUACUGCUGGUGGUGGGUUGGUAUUUCGGGCGUUAGAAUAUCCAGCUGAGAUGGCGAAACAAGAGUAUCUAAGAGACCGUUUGCUCACGCAACGGUGGAAUUUGAUACGUGCGGUGUCAGAUUACAAUUUUAAUGGCACUGAAGUUGUAAGCAUGGAGAAGUUGCUCAGCGACCAGCUAUCUAUCUACGAAAAAGUUUUAGAGGAAGCUUCCGGUAGUGGCCUGUCGUUGGAAAUUGAAAAUAAUUUCCCACCAUUAGAGGAGAAAUGGAGUAUACUUCAAGCUGUUUUCUUUGCCUCCACUGUGCUCACCACAAUAGGUUAUGGCAACGUUGUACCAGAAACAUUCUGGGGGAGGUUGUUCUGCAUUAUUUAUGCACUAGUUGGUAUUCCCUUAACGCUCACCGUUAUUGCUGAUUUGGGCAGAGUGUUUGCAACAUGCGUGUCCGUUAUAGCAAAACAUUUGCCAGAGAUGCCAAAAUGGUGUAGCCGCGUAUCUGAAGCUAACCCAGCAAGCCAAAAAUCGCUGUACGCCUUCUGGGCCGUAGGAUUCCUAUUUGUUUAUCUAUCCGCUGGUGCUGGUUUAUUCAAGAUGUGGGAAGACGAUUGGACGUUUUACGACGGAUUUUAUUUCUGCUUUAUUACUAUGACAACUAUUGGUUUUGGCGAUCUUGUUCCAAAAAGGCCAAAAUACAUGUUGCUAUGCACGUUAUAUAUAUUAAUCGGUCUGGCACUAACGUCUACUAUUAUCGAGCUGGUCCGUAGACAAUACGCUCGUUCCUGGCAGCAAUUACGGGCUCUCUCAGGUCCUUUGGCAGACACAUUGCGAAGACUUGGCGACGCCGGUCGUGGAGUCGACGUGUCUGCGCUACACGACCUACGGAAAGUCCUAACAGUUGUAACAAUGCCACGUAUAGGUGGGGGUCGAAAUUCCCUCGCUGACAAGCGACAGUUGGAAUGGGAGGCUGCGCUGGAGGCUGUCAUACGCAAUAUUAAUAGCCCAUCACCAACACAGCAGAAACCGCCAAUAGUUCAAAUAGUUAUAUAUGAGUCUUCCGUAUAGUUUUCAUUUCCUGUUUCGAAGCUUUAAGCUCUUUAAAAUUUGCUAUUAAACCAAAGUUUAGAAUUUGCGUACCAUGAAGCAUUUGCACAUAGGUUAAG